AUGCACGAGGACAGUGUCUCCGAUGUGGGAAAGAGCCGCAGAUUGCCCAAAACUCAAGUCCGGAGAUCGAGCGACGAAAGUCCCAGCCAAGUCACCCCCGGCAUCGCGAUGAUUAACCGUGGCCAAGGGGGCUGCCGACGUCGAAGAAGACAUGUAUUUCUUCGCAGAGCCUCAGGGUGGCUCUCAGUCUCCCUGCCCAGCUGCCAAGCAGUAUUGCAAGCCUGGGCAAUUGUAGAGAUUCUGGCCAGGAACUGGGCCCUUAGCAAAGUAGGUGCUCCUUACCAGCUCCUGUGCUUGAGCCAGGACCUGGAGCCCAGCAACCGCAUUUGCCUUGAUGGCCAGCCACUGCCUGCUCCGAGGCUUGAAAAUGAUCUGAACUCUUUGGAUGCAGUGGCCGAUCAGCCUGUUCCAGAAUCGUGUGGGCACCGUGGGGCACCUGCCCCUAAUGUGACUCUGGCGAAGGGGAAGAUUGUGGGCGGCAGCCGGGCCGGGCCUGGUGCGUGGCCGUGGCUGGCGUCGGUGCUGCUUAACAGAGAGCUGAUGUGCAGUGGGGUACUGGUGGGGAGCACCUGGAUCCUCACAGCUGCCCACUGCUUCACCGGAAGCCGAAACGAGCUGGCCUGGUCUGUGGUCCUGGGCGACUACGAUCUAACCAAGGGGGACGAAGGUGAACAGGUGGUGCCCGUCAGCCGCAUCCUGCCACACCCCAAGUUCAACCCGAAGACCUUCCACGGGGAUGUGGCUUUGCUAGAGUUGAGUGCUCCCGUGCGCCCCUCAGCCUGGGUGACCCCCGUGUGCCUCCCAGAGCAGGCCAUGGAGCUGAGCCAGGAGAUCCUCUGCUAUAUCGUUGGCUGGGGCUCGCUCUAUGAAGAUGGGCCGCCUGCUGAGGUGGUCAUGGAGGCUCAGGUGCCCAUAUUGGCCCAAGAUCUCUGCCGUGGUGCUCUAGGGAGCCAGCUUAUCAGCAGUGCCAUGUUCUGCGCUGGGUACCUCUCGGGAGGCAUCGACUCCUGUCAGGGGGACUCCGGGGGGCCCCUGACCUGCUGGGACCCUCUGCUGGAGCGCUACGUCCUGCAGGGAAUCACCUCCUGGGGCGCCGGCUGCGGGGAGCGCGGGAAACCGGGGGUGUACACCCGCAUCUCCGCCUUUGCGGACUGGAUCCGCCAGCAGAUGGCGCGGCCGCCCUCCAGCCGGGAGCCCAGCUGUUCGGAGUGGCGGGCGGCGGCCGCCGCGGGGCCGGGAGAGAAGCGGCUGGCGGAGCUCCGUCGCCUGUGCGCCUUCUACGCGCAGCCCUGUUCCCGGUCGCCCAGCCCAGCAGCGUGUGCCCGGGCCGCGCAGGAGAAGUGCCAGGGGAAGAGGCGGCAGUGCGAGCUUCGUUCCUACCUCCAGAUCCUGCUGGAGUUCCUGCGCCAGGCGGAGGAGUUUUUCCGCACUCGGAUUGACUUCUCCUUCUUCACACACUCCAUCCCCCAGUUUGUGAAGCAAGUUUACGGGUAUCUCUUCCCCCGUCAAGGGCACCUGGACUCCCAAGACCAGGGUACAAAUACCGAAGCUGGAAUUGCAAGAGGAAGAGGAAGUCACUUGCCCCAAUUCAGGAAAAUGCAGAAGCGAGAGGCCCAGACUUUUCUCAAAAGGCUCCGUCCACCCCUUCUCCCCUCCUUUGCCUCAUUGUUCCAAGGCGUAGGGUCCAACCUGGCUGACUGGAUGCAGGAGCUGAGCACCCCAGCUGAGCAUUUUGGAACUGCACCGGCUGGACAGGAGACCCGGCAUUUCCUACAGCUGACAGAAGAGGAGGUGGAUGAAUUGCGAAUCCAAGGACGGAUGUUCCUUCAGCAGCUGCAGAAAGAACUGCACCUGGAUGUUUUUCCAGAUGUGGAACCCGAGAGAGAUGCCACUACAAUACAAAUGCUUGCAUUGAAUGAUUCCCUGGUGAGCAGAACCCCUCCUCAGCGGGAGAAACGCAGCUUGGGGACCGAUCUCACGGAGGAAAAGGAGAAUCAACUGCGGAGUGCCCUUGCCACAGGCUCCAGUUGCCAAGGUGUGAACGAAUCUGCCCAGCGUGUCCAUUCUGUGCAGGAGACGUACCGUUGGAUUCUGCAAGUGCCUGAGCAGGAUCUCACCAUGAAUUUCCAGGAGAUCCUGGUGGACUUGGGCUCCAAGAACAACAAAGGCCUCUACCGGGCUCACAUCCAAGUCACUGUUGGACAGAGGACUACCACUUUCACUGGUCUGGUGGGCCUGGAGCAGGACUCGCUCUAUCGUAGCAUGCCUGAAAUCAUUGCUCUUGCCUUGGGGACCCUGAAGACCUAACGUGCCACUGCCAGGAAGGCCAAAC